UCUCCUCUGACCUUCACAGAUGAAAUGAGUAGUUCUAGAGCCCGAUACCGACUCACCCUCAAUAACAUGAUACACAAGGCAAAGCGAGACAUGUUCAAGCAAGUCACUAGUGUAUUCCCAAUACUCAUGCCGGUUCACUGGGCCAACACACCAAGCAUUCAGAGUCUAGCCAUGCAGGACUUUAGGUACAGACAUGAAUUUGUUGAAAUCUGUCGUCUUGGGAAAGGAGGAUUCGGUUCAGUAUUCAAGGCCAAAAAAUCAUCUAGAUGGACGAGAGUAUGCUGUGAAAAAAGUCAAGUUUUCACAUAGAAAUGCAGGACGACACUCAAAACUAUUACGGGAAGUAAAGGCAUUGGCAGGUCUCACACACAGCAAUAUUGUUGGCUACAAUGCAGCAUGGCUAGAGCAUGGCAUUUCAGGUCCUCAAACCUCCAGCGACACCAGCCACACAUCAGAUGACAGUUCAUCAUCCACAGACAGUGCAAGCUUUGGUCACCAAGGCAACAGUGCAAGUGUCAGCAUAGUAUUUGGAAGCACCAACACAGGAGAUGACUUGGAUGACAGACAAGGCCCAAAGAUCCUCGAACUGGAUCCAAAUUCUGGAAAUAGGGCCCAACACAGAAUUAACAUCCAAAUAUCUUUGUAUACCUCAAGCAUCACAUUCCAAGUCGUUGAGUGUGUCCCAACAACAGAAAAGUGCGAACAGUUUCUUCACUGCCACCAAAGUAUUGACACCUGGAGUUGCAGAGCCAAACCGCAACACCGACACUGGUAGUGACGUGAUGUUCACCGAGAGUCAUUAUACAGAGAAUAAGGCAAUAACAAGCACAAGGAGGGUGUAUCGCAGGAGCAUCAGCUGUGAACCUAAUCCUAGUACUGAGAAGUCUUUUGGGAACACAAUGGAUCGAGAUGAUUUUUAUGGGCAAAUUUCACCUUUUGAUACCAGUGUCACGUUGUACAUACAAAUGGAGUUGUGUAGUCUCACCCUAGAUGACUGGCUGGUGCAGAGGAAUGAAGCAAUCAAAGA